GGGAUUAAACGGGGAAUAACUCUUGCCGGAAACUACGUAAUCAAUAUAAACAUGGCAGAAGACGAAAAAUCGCCGUUACUGCAGUCUGCUGAUGAAGAUGAAGGCCCUCGACUUAGGCACCACCAUACCUUCCCCACAAUACACAGAAGCUUGGAUCUAAGCCCAGACUCGCCCCCUGAGGCGGAUCACAUCGUGUGUGUCUUCGUAGUCACGUUUGACACGCGUUCAGGAAACAUGAUAGAAUGGUGCGCUCCUGAUGACUUUGAGUUGGAUGGGGUGGAGUUUAAAGCUAUGGUCAGUGGAUCUCACACACAGCAGAAAGAUUUUGUAUAUUUCAGGAAGGAACGGCUAUAUGGUCUGGCCUGUUAUGAGAAGAUGUCUGUUGAGAGUGAGAUAGAGCGAGGGGCAAGGAUGAAAUCUGUCGGGAUUCUGUCCACAUCCUACACACUGCUUUACAGACACAUACAAUUCUUAGAGGCACAAGUCAGACACCAGCUGGAACUACCAGGGGUCUACUCACAGCUUCAGGCCUUCUACAAUGAUAAGAAAGGAGUGCUUCCAGACUCAGCUAGUUCUCUUGUAGUGAGCCCAGCCUCCACCCCUUCCACCCCCAGCAGUCUGCUGCCUGAAAUGAAGAUAACCCACCCUGCUGGCUGCUUCUCUCAGUUCAUUAAGUUCUUUGGUGCAAACAUCUUCACCUUGUGGAAGCUUGUUCUUUUGCAGAAGAGGAUACUCUUUUUCUCCCCACCCCCAAUAGGCGUGGUCUGUUACAAAGUGUACUGUGCAUGUUGUCUGGGGAAUCAUGAAGUAGGAAAACUGGGACACGAGGUGCAACCCCAUUUCUAUGUUAAUGUGGCUGAUAUAGAGACCUUGGAAUCAGAAGUGGCUUACAUAGCAUGUACGACGGAGAAGAUUUUUGAGAGUAAGACCUCCUUACACGAUGUGUAUGUGGAUAACCAGCUGAUCACAGCCCACACUCCUGUUCUAAAAGAUCUGCUGAAACUUAGCGACGCCGAUAAGGACAAGUACAACAAACUCCUCAAUCAAAGGUCUGCUAAUCAAUUUUCGUAUGAGGGAAUGGGAGAAGAUGCCAUCGAUGAAGAGGAGUUAGUGACGUCAUUUUUCACUCAGCAGAACAAUGACUUGUUCAGCACACUGCUCGAUGUGGCCCACUCACAUGACCGUCAGCUGACCUCUGACCACAUGCGCAGCAUGGGCCUUGACCCCCAGGGGGAUCGCACCUUCCUGAUGGAACUAGUAGAGCAUUAUGGGAUAGAUGUUGUACUCAUGGUAGACAAUCCUUGUUGUCCGAAGUGAAUCAGUAGUGUUAUUUUGGCUACUUGGCCUCUUCAUCAACGGUAGGAGUUGUCUACGAACCUGUACUGUUGUCAUUUUAUUAAAUCAUAAAUCUAAGAUCAGAUCAGUUGUAGCAUUCCAAUCCAUUAUGAUUAAUGUUUUGUGACCAAUGUUUGUCUGUGAUACCAUGUAGUUUGAAUGACAGAAAUUUGGCAUUUAUGACCAAUGUUCACAAACAAUGAAUGGCUAUGCUCUGCUCAAUAGAAGGAAACCAUGGUGUUUCAAUAUACACUCAGUGUAAAAAGUGUUUGAAAAUACACAAUACCCAUAUAUUGAACUUGGUCAAGCAAUUUAAUGUGUACAAAAAAUACAGUAUUUCUAGAAUCAUCAGUUAUUACAAUGUUUCCCAUUGGUUAUCAAUAAAGUAUUUUAUUGUACUGGGAGGUAGCUUUCUAUUAAGUAAAUAUUUGUAACAGUCCGUGUGAUAAUUUUAAAAUGUUAAUGGAAGUGAAUAAACCACAAAAUACUCACACUGAAUGGUCAACAGUCAAAAUUAAACCAAUCAUGGUUUUAGUCAAUACAAACUGAUGUUACUUUAAAGAAAUUGUAUAACUCUGACACUUUAUGAUACAAGCCUGGUACUCUAGCUGGUACCCUAAUUAAAUGAUGUCAGAACAAGCUUUGUCGCUAUUCUUUAUGCUAAAUACAAAUACAAAUAAAUUACAUUCAUUGUAUUUGUAUGAACUUUUGGGUGGGGAUACAGGGUCAGGGCUGCAAGAAAAUUUUUAUAAAUUAAUGAUAACCUUCAUUGAAAAACCUCUGACAGAACACAAAAAUAUAUGUUUUAAAAUUUAAUAUACAUUACCUUAAUUUAUAGAUAUUUUAUCCAUGGUUGAAAGUUAUUUUAAGUAGGAUAUGACCUUAAAAAAUCAUCUACCGGGCAUUUCUUUCUUUAAUGAUGAAUACUAGUAUUAAAAAUAAUGCUUGAAGAUUAAAGUUAAUGAAUUUAAAAGUAUUGUUAUAAAUAUGCUACAGUGUAGUAUAUUGAAAAUAGUAAACUUCAUAUAAAUUGAUUUGAUGCUAUUUUCUGAAGUUAAGAUAUACAUGUAUAUGUAUAUGUAAAGUACAUGAACUUGUAUAUGUCAGCUAAGGUUGUACGUGUACUUGUGUUUUGUAAUUCAUAAAAAUAGCAUAGGAGAAAUACUGAUUCUAUUUAUUUGAUGUUGAACACUUUCGUUCGAAAGUUAUUUUAUACACUUUUAAUUUUUUUUUUCAUUCUCUUUUCUUUUUGUUAUUUAUAAUCGUUUAUCUUGGUGCAUAUAAUUCCCAAAUGAAUAUUUGCAUACAUGGUACAGUGUUGAAGGUCUUUCUGUAGUAAUGGUUUUUAUGACAAUUUUGCGAUUUUUUCUCCACGUCUACUGCUUGUAAAAUGACUUGUUGCUUUGAUACACAAGAAUGAUGUCUUCCCAUGGCUUAAAAGAGAGGAAUUGGUUUAUACAAUACUAUUGUGUUAAUAUGUGAUAUAAUGUAUUUGCUGAUGUAUCCAUGUACAUUGAUAUCCUUUGUUCACAAUUAUUAAAACAAAAUUUAUGAACAAAACUUGACACUUAAAUGUAACAUUUUAUAAUGCACAACACCUUUAUUAUGGAUGUAAUAUUAUUUAUAUUAUUUAGAUUAAUGUUGUUUUUAACCUGCUAGUACAUGUGUAUUAAUUUGAUAAAACCAAAAGUGUUAAACACAAAUAAUGCAGCAUGUUCAUGCAUUGUUGAUUCACUGCAUGAACAAAUACAGACACAAAGUUUAAUUUAGCCCAGAAAGUGACUUUUACAUGAAUUGGAAAUUUAUUUUGAAAAUGCUUGUAUUUUUUUGCUUUAUAUUUUUAUGUAUUCUAGCUAUCAUCCUAUUUUUAAAAUUUUGUCUCUAUUUUUGGGUGCUAUUGGCAAACUUUUCUUUAAACAAUUUUGCAGAAUAUUGAACUAAAUUUGCUGAUUCAAAAAUGUAAUUUUAAAGAAAUUAACUUUUUUUUAUCCUCAUUCCCCUUAAAAAAAAAACCAGUACAUGUAUAACAUUGAGAAAACAUUCAACCACACAAAAUGUGUUAACUUCACAUGGCAAGCUUGAGGAGAAAAUGUCCCCCAUAUUUUACCUUCAUGCUGACACAACACAAUACCAGGCUCAGAUAUCCGAAAUAAUAUUUUUUUUUUCCAAUGUAGAUGUAGAUAAUAAUGUAUAUAAAAAUUUAAAAAGAAAUAAAGAAACAUGUCAGUAAUUUGUUUAUGCACAAAUGGAAAAUUUAUUGCAAAUCUACAUGUUCUUUCUUUAAAAGUUAGAAUAAAAGUAAUACGCUAUUUAUCAAGGCAAUUUCUGAUUUUUUUUUACUCUGCCUUUCCAUGUGUGUAUUCAGUGUUCUUUACAAAUUUUUUCAUGUAUUUUUACUUAAUUGUAAAUGUUAAAGCCAAAAUUUGUUUUGUACCUUAUUUUCUGAAAUAUAUUUAAAAUCUACUCCAUUUAAUGUAGUUCUAGCAGCUAUAAACCCUGCUGUAAGUAAAGGUUAUCAUUUCUUGGAAAAUGAUGUAUUAGCCUAUCAUGUUUGAGAUUAAAUUCAUUUGGUUCUCCAUAGUUUUAACAUAUUACAUGUAUCAUGUUUGAGAUUGUGUUCAUUUCUACAUAUGGUUAGUUUAACAAUAUACACGCAUUUGAUUAAGAGCCUGCAGACUAUUACUACUAAUAGAUUUAAUCUAAUUAAGUUUCAAGUAGACUAAAGGUUUCAUAAUGAUUUGUAUCACUUUUAAAAAUGCCUUUAAAAAUCAUGUAAUGUAAAAGUUGCUAAAGCAAUAUGACUGGUUACAAGUAUGUGUUAAAAACAAAAGAAGGAAAAUGAAGAUACAUGUUAUAACAUCCCUUGUUUUUCUUUUAACCCUAUGCUUAACAAGUUAAGACUAGCCAAAUCUUGUUUACUUCAUAUGUGCAAUACUGCUUUGUUUAUAAAAUAUCAUCUUGUUACAAAAUAAAAUCUUGAACAUGGAA